UCGGCGGCUGCUGCACUUUGAAGUCCGCCAGUUGAGAUCAGUGAGCUGCUGAAGUCCGGUGCGAAGGCACGCAGUGGGACGUUUCCUGAACACUCGGACUCUCUGUACAGUGGGUCUUUGGCCUUUUACGCCUCGCCAGAAACGACAUCGUGUGCUUGUUUGUGGACGUUUUGUGGGGUUUGAAAUCGGAAUAUAAGAGCCGCGUUUGGGACAAGGAUGCUCCAAAUUAAGUAGCGCACCGGGGCUGAAAGGCUUCUUCGUCCUUCGGGACAUUUAAGGACGCCCAUCUGUGUUUUGUAUCCGCUGGAUUAUAUUUACAAAACCCAUUUUUAUUUUAUUAUUUUUUCUAAUUUAUUUUUCUUUUUAUUAUUAUUGUUAUUUAAUUUUAUUUUACAAAAGUAACGCACGUCCGUAGCCACCCCCCUGCGCCCACUCUCCAAUGAAAUAUCUCCCUUCAGGAUCAGCUGCUGAUCGAGUUAGUCCGCGGAUCGAGCUCAGUGAGACCACCAAUUCUAAAAAGUGCCGUCCCGGUGCCGUGGUCUCUUUGUUGACCCCUCUGGACCCACUUCGACAGGCAAAGCGGCUUCCUAUCCGAGUUAUCAAGAUGUUGACGGCGCACACCGGACACUUGCUACACCCGGAAUAUUUACAGCCUCUAACGUCCGCACCAGUGAACAUCGAGCUGGAUGCAAAGAAGAGUCCCCUUGCCCUGCUUGCUCAGACCUGUUCUCAGAUUGGAAAACCAGACCCUCCUUCCUCCUCCAAGCUCAACUCCUCUUGCAGCCAGGGGGACAAGGAGCCCAGCAGUCGGUCAUCAGCCUCCAGCCUGAAACUCAGUGAGCACCGCCCUGCCCUGGAGGACAAAUCCAGCUUCAAGCCCUACAACAAAGGCAGCGGAGACUGUCGCAGAGAGGGAGUCACCAGCAGCACCUCCAGCAGCGACAAAGUUGGGUUCAGGGUACCCAACAGCAAUACUGCUACCAUUAAUGGAAAUUCGAGCAAUAGCCAGCAGUCCUAUCCACCCCACACUGUGUCACCCAACUCCAGAGCUAGGAGCAGCACCCCACCGGGACACACUCAGCAGCUUCCCAAACAGAGCCACUCUCCAGGUGGACAGCACACCUCUCACUGCCAGAGUCCCACUGGUGAACCUGCUCGCGAGCAGAGCAGUCCUACCAGCACAAGCAGCAAUAAUGUUAAUAAUAAUAAUAAUAAUCCCAAAAAAGAUGCUGAUGUAAAUAAGGCCAACUCGGACAGUCCACACCAUGCAAAUUCCAGUCACGUUCGAGCCAGCACAAACUGCAGUAAUGGCAGCUCUGAUGGAGGCUCCAACCAUGACAUUGGUAAAGCAGAGUCCACCCAGCCUAACCUUGGCCCUGGGCAUAUUACACCCAUUUCUCCUUACAAGACCAACCAGCCGCUCUUCCCCCUGCCUUCCUCUAAUAUGGGCUACCACGGAUCUGUGGUGGGGGGCUAUGCAGGCUACCCUUCCCAGUUUGUUCCUGGGCUGGACCCAACCAAGUCAAGCCUCAGCGUGGGAAGCAUGGGAGUACCAGGAAAGCACCCGAGCUCCAGCCCUCUUACGGGCGCCUCCCCUCCGUCCUUCAUGCAGGGUUUAUGCAGGGACCCUUAUUGUCUAAGCUACCCAAGUGUAUCCCAUCUUGGAAGCAACUGCAACUCCUGCAUCCACGACCCUUCCUCCACCCUCAAAUCAAGCUUCCCACUGGUGUAUCCCUCCCACCCACUCCACUCUCUCCACCAAAGCGCCUUGUCAUCCAGUGCAUCCUCCUCCCUCUCUCAUCCCCUCUACACCUAUGGCUUCAUGCUCCCCAAUGACCCCCUGCCACAUGCCUGUAACUGGGUCUCGGCCGGAGGACCGUGUGACAAGCGCUUCGCCACAUCAGACGAACUGUUGGCUCACCUCCGCACGCACACGGCUCUGCCAGUGGGGAUGGACAGUAAGCUGCUCUCUGUGUCCUCCUCUGGGCCUGCCUCCUGCCACCUUCACCUCCCACACCAGAGCAGUCCAGGCUCCGUGCCCAGCUCUCUUUCCCUCAGGGCUCCCCCCAGCCUGGGUUUGGCUCGCUAUCACCCCUACAGCAAGGUCCAUCUUCCCUCUGGACCCUCUUCCAUCUCCCUGCACUCUCUGCCUACCACAGGUCCAUACUACCCUCAUUACGCACUUUACAGUCAAAGACUUGGAUCUGCAUCGGCUCUUGGAUACCAGUGACGCACCAUCUACUUAAAUGUUUAUAGGAAUGGUUCGACGUGUUGGGAAAUAUGCUUAUUUGUUUUCUGGCUGACAGCCGCGUGAGAAGAUUGAUACAUUUAUUUUUCAAAUAUGAAACCAGUUAGCUUAGCUUAGCUUAGCAUAGGGAAAGUAAAAACUGAAACAGCUAGCAGAGAUUUUACUUGUCAAGGUUAACACAUGCCCCCUGUAAAGUUCUCUCCAUUCUUAGCCUGUAUGCUAAGCUAAGUGGCCGCUGGCUGUCGCUUUAUAUUUAGCUGUGGUGUUGAGCCAGAAAGUUAAUAAGCACACUUCUCAAAAAUGUCUGAUCGUUACUUUAAGUUUAAUCACUGCAGCUUGCUGCUUCCUCUGACUUUGCAGCAGGUUCAAGUGGAACUAGGAGGGAAUUAAAACUCCUGGAUUUUGACUUGAGAGCGUCUCCAUUUUUUUUGUUUUGUUUUGUUUUUGUUUAUACCUUAUAUACAAGAUUUGUGGUUUCUAACCAGGCCCCCUUCCUAAAAUUCAGUGGACACGCAGCUCUUGCAUGUCUGCACAUUGCCUGGAUGCUUCUGCAGCAGACAUGACUGCUCUGAGCUGACUCCUGCUGCCCCAUGGGCUUGCCUAAUUGAUGGUUGGACGCUAUGCGUAAAGGCUCUUGGAUUUUCAAGGUUUUCACUGCGAAUGAUGAGGAUUUUGAAGCAGCAGUGAGCUGCAGCCUUGGAUCGGUGUUAGUGUGACUGCAGUGGCUUUCUCCCUGCAGGAGAUGCAUGUAAGCCCCGCGCAACAUACACACUUGGUUUGCAUUCAUUUGUUUUGGUUCCUUACUUUUUUCCUUUAUUCCUACUGAGAAGUUGUGUUUAUUUUAUACAGGGGGAGCUGACUCUAAUGUUUACCAUAUAAAUCUCUCCUCAUUUUACAGUCCAGACUUGACAGGUGUUGAAUACGUCAUGUCUUAAAACUUCUUCAAGAAUGAAUGUUGCAAUCACAUCUCUCCCUCUUUCUGAGCUCCUCGCUUCUUUGAUUGUUUUUAUUUUCACACAGCAAAUCAACUGAGAUGUGAUAUUUUUUGUAAACACGGAGCACCCUGUGGUGGGAGCCAGUGAAAAAGGGGGAGGUCAUAUUUUAGUAAAUAAAUCACA